AUGAAUGAUAUCAAUAAGACUGUGGUGACAGAAUUCAUUCUUAUAGCUUUUUCCAGCUUGAAGCAGUUCCAGACUUUACUCUUCGUUUUUAUCCUAUUGACAUACAUUGGUUGCAUACUAGGGAACUGUGCCAUACUGAUAUUAGUAAAAAAUGAAUGUGCACUUCAUACACCUAUGUAUUUUUUUAUUAGUACUUUUGCUUUUUUGGAAAUUAUAUUCGUAUCAGUCACCAUCCCAAAACUUCUAGCCAAUUUGAUGGACGCUAGUAGAACUAUUUCAUUUGGGGGAUGUUUUGCACAGUUGUAUGCUUUUAAUUCUCUUGGAGUAACAGAAUGUUAUCUUCUUGCAGUAAUGGCAUUUGAUCGGGAUCUAGCCAUUAAUAAUCCAUUGCACUAUACAGUUAUUAUGAAAAAAUCACAUUGUGUGAAACUUGCAGUUGCUCCUUGGAUUAUUGGAAUUAUCAUGGCUUUAAUACCUACAAUAUUCACAGCUCAGUUGAAAUUCUGUGGUCUUAAUGAGGUUAAUCAUUUUUUCUGUGAUCUGGCUCCAAUGCAGAAUUUGGCUUGUUCAAACCCAUUUAUCAGCAAUGUAGUUACAAGUACAGCUGCAGUGUUUGCCACAGUGGUCCCAUUUGUCCUAAUUUUAGGAUUUUAUGUUCAUAUAAUUCAGACAAUCAUGAAAAUUAAGAGUUCAGAAGGAAAACAAAAAGCAUUUUCAACCUGCUCAUCCCACCUUAUUGUAGCCAGCUUGUUCUAUUGUACUGCUAUUGUUGUAUAUAUCAGACCCAAAGGUAGUCAGCAUGACAAAUUCCUUGCUCUUAUGUACACUGCCUUCACUCCACUUCUAAAUCCAUAUAUAUACACAUUAAGGAACAAUGAUGUGAAGACAGCAUUAAGGAAAUUGAGACUAUUUAGAAUUCUUAGUGAAAUCAGGAUUAACCAUAAGCAUAUGGAAGACUUCAGGGAGAGCAACAAUAUUCUAGAUUUUUCCACGGGUGAAAAAGAAGAAAUCCCCAGAUCCCGUUCCCACCCAGCAAGGAAGGGCAAAGAUACCCGUCGGGCUUACCUGUAUCCGUCUAUCCUGCACUAG